UACACGCACACUACUACGGCUGCUGCUGCUGCGUUUCCACUCAGGAGGAGGAGGGGGGGCUAAGUGGGCUAUUUUGGAGGCAAAGUUGCAGUGACCAAGUGUGGACCGGACCCGAGCCCAAGCCGGAGGACUCUCGCCGUGCUCGGCUAACAAAGUCCUCGGGUCGCCCACGGAGGGCAGUAUCUGUUCCUUCCCCCCUACCCCCGUGUGAAAUGCGCUCGCCUCGGCCACUGACAGCGUCUGCAGCCUGCUUCAAGAUGGCGGCUCGGCUCCGAUUCAUUCGCUGCUGAUCGCCUCCCAACUUUCAUUGUCUGUCCGCCGCCCCCUCCAGCAGCACGACACCCCGAAGCCCGGCGCACAGCCUCCUUUUGCUCACCAUGCAUCGGACGACCAGGAUCAAGAUCACGGAGCUCAACCCUCACCUGAUGUGCGUCCUGUGCGGGGGUUACUUCAUUGACGCGACCACCAUCAUCGAGUGCCUGCACUCAUUUUGCAAAAUGUGCAUCGUCCGUUACCUGGAAACCAGCAAAUAUUGUCCCAUUUGUGACGUGCAAGUGCACAAAACCAAGCCUCUGCUCAACAUUAGGUCUGACAAAACUCUGCAGGACAUUGUGUACAAGCUGGUGCCAGGUCUCUUUAAAAAUGAAAUGAAGAGGAGAAGAGACUUUUAUGCAGAACACCCUGUAGAAGCUUCUAACGGCUCCAAUGAAGACCGUGGGGAAGUAGCAGACGAAGAAAAGAGAAUCAUCACAGAUGAUGAGAUCAUCAGCUUGUCUAUUGAGUUCUUUGACCAGAGCGCCUGCAGACUGACAGGUCGUCUUGAAGACAAGCAUCCUAAAGAUCAGAUGGCAAACAAAAGGUACCUGCAGUGUCCAGCAGCAAUGACCAUCAUGCAUCUGAGGAAGUUCCUACGCAGCAAAAUGGACAUCCCUAACACUUACCAGGUAGAAGUCAUGUAUGAAGACGAACCCCUGAAAGAUUACUACACAUUAAUGGACAUUGCUUACAUCUACACUUGGAGAAGGACCGGCCCCCUGCCCCUCCAGUACCGAGUCCGGCCCAACUGUAAGAAGAUGAAAGUGAGCCAUACCCAGCAGGAGGGCUCCAACCGCUCCGGUCCGGAGAGCGACUCAGCCAGCGACAAAGCCGGCAGUCCCGCGGGGGCCCCGUCCACGUCCUCCUCCCUGCCGAGCCCGGGCACCCCCGCGCAGUCCCCGCUCCCUCAGCCCCCGCACGGCCACGGCAAAGUGAAUGGGACCCCGCCCGUGGCCCCUUCGACCGCGAGCCGCCCCUUCACGCAGCUGAGUGGCACGAACGGCAGCGGGAAGCCCAGGAAGAUGUCCUUGAACGGCACGUCCACCUCGUCCGGAUGACACCGAGUGGACCAGAGCGCUAACACCGUAGUUCCGUUGUAUAGUCUUUCUACUCUGACGUUUUAUGGUUACAUGUCAUUUCCGUAGCGCAUUCAUGGCAUUUCAAAGUAAAAAAAAAAAAGCAACGAGGAAGUGGGGUGAGGAUUUGACUAUUAAAGAUUGUGAGGGGAAACGAAGCUGACCGGAAAGCAUUUACUAGCCAUUGGAAAUAUAAUUUAAACAAGUCACACAAGUGUGUUUUGUUCCAAACGAAACGUGUUUUGUCAUGGUUGCUCCUCGUGUGUUUGAAUAUUUUAAUGCAUGCUCAUGACACUUGUUUUUUGUUCUGCCCGUUUUGGGGCCCACGUCUGGCUUUGUUGUUUUAAAAAGGACAAUUUUUUAAAAAACAAAACACGUUUUCUAGGAGCCACAUGUACAUAGUAAUUGCAUAUUAAACAUACAGUAAGUGCUAUUUAAUCAGCGGUGAUGGAAAGAUGCUUCCGGUAUAUUUCAUGCUCAGUGACGUCACGUCUCCCUUUAUUCGUUUAUUUGCGCGAUUGUAUGGACUACUUAUUGUAUUGUUACUGUUGCACAGUAUAAAACAUCUAAAUAAA